AUGGCUUUUCGUUUCUGCAUCAAGAUUAUGCAAGAAAAGGAGAAUCAUUUACAACCACUUGGUUUUGAGAUCUCACAUCAUCUUUUCCACAUAAAUGUUGAGUUUCGUUACAUUUCAUCUCAUGACCCGCAACUUCCUUUAGAAACCCACAACCGAUCCAUCCUAUGUCGUAGGGACCUGUUUUUUUCUGAACAAAAUGGUCGAGACAUCCUAAUUUCUAUGGUUGCCGACUUCGGAGCAUCCCAAGACUUCAUUGAUACUGUCCUUGUUCCUGACGUCAUGUCUUUUGCAUGGGAUACUCAUAGUAUGCCUAUGAACCUUGGACGUCAAGUAAUAAAGUUGAGAGUCGAGUUAGUCAUUGAGGUGAGACCUACUGACGAGAUUGAGGAAUCAUUGGAGAGUUCAGUGAAUUUCAAGCCUGCAAGUAAGUCAUCUAUUGAAGCUUUGAAAAGGGUUAAAUGGGAUGAUGAUGAAUUAGAUCAUAUUCCAUCCAAGGAGAGGAGGAAAUUGGCCAAGGGUUUGAGUUCACGAAAAGAAUGCGUCGUCUGUUUGGAAGAGUUCUUGGAUGGUGACGAGGUUGCAUCCUUGCCUUGCAGCCAUGUUUACCAUUACGGUUGCAUCAUUAAGUGGUUAGAGACUAGUCAUCUCUGCCCAUUGUGCCGAUAUCAUAUGCCAAUUGAUUGA